AUGGUGAAGGAGGUAGUUGUGGCCAAUAUGGUGGAAAUAGUAGUAGUGGUGGCGGCCGACAAUAGUCGUGGAGGUAGUGGUGGUGGUUAUGGUGGAGGUGGAGGUGGAGGUGAAGGUGGUAAUGGUGGUGCAGUUGGAGGUGGUGAAGGCGAUUGUGGAGGAUGUGAAGUGGUAGUGGUAGCCAAUGGUGGAGGAGAGGCGGCCCAUAGUGGUAGUGGUGGUGGAGAUGAACGGUGGUGGUCGGUGGCUGAUGGUGGUUACGGAGGUGGUGGAGGACGUUGUUAUAGUUAG